AUGUAUAUGGAACAUAUGAAGUGUAAUACUUUGGUGGAUUGGCGUGAUUUGGUUUGCAAGAAUAAAGCGAGUCCUAGAGCAGUUUUCGUCUUAUGGUUGGUGUGUCAAAAUAGGCUUGCGACUAAAGACCGUCUAGCAAAGUUUGGAAUUAAUGUGGAUCAGCAGUGUGUGUUCUGCGAAUGUUUAGAAACUGUGAAUCACCUUUUCUUUGAUUGCAGGUUUUCUAAAAAGGUGUGGGGAGAGAUCCUUGGAUGGCUGUGUAUUCAGCAUGACAUUCAAGACUGGUACCAUGAAAGGAAAUGGCUCAUAAAAAUCAGCAAGAGUAAAAACUGGAGGAAGCACUUUGUGAAGGCUGCUGUGGCUGAAACAAUUUAUGCUGUUUGGUUAGAUAGGAAUGCUAAAGUGUUUAGAAAUGAGAUAGAUGAUAAACACAUUGUGAAUAGAAUUAUAGAUAGAAUUACAAAUAGAUUUUGGAAUUACCCAAAGUAUAGAGAAAGGUUAGCUCAAGUGCUGCUACCAUAG